CUCACUUCAGACCACGCUCUCGGGUAAGUUUCAUUUUUGACUAAACCAGGAAAUGGCCCUGCCCAGAACAAAAGCGUCGGGAGUCCGCACGCACGAGGACACACGAGUCCGCACGCACUGGGAUGAGACGCGCGUGCAGACGAGCGGGGGACGCACGACUCUCUGUAAAAAUGCUGUCUGCUAUCUCCUUCGUGUUGUGGUCACUCGCUCUGGUCUCAUGUGUCCGUGGAGAAAACCCGGCGGUCCAGCUGGCUCUGACCGACAAAGGACUCCAGACCGAUUACACCUUUUACAUAAACACAAUCUGAUGCUCAUACAUGAUGUCAAACUUGUCGUGUCUGUCUGGGUCCUUUUUGUGGAACAGCACAACAGUAAACAAAGCAUCGAGAUGGAUGUAGACGAAGACAGACAUUCUGUGUUGGCAACGAUUCCCGAGAUCGAGCAUUUAAAGCCGGAACAAAGAGAAUGUUUGGUGAAUGUUAUCAAGGGAAAGAUGUUAUCGCCCGUUAUUCUACGGGAUUUGAUGCAUUACAUACGUCACGACCAAACAGCAGUGCGCCACUUUGCAGCUGGAGUGAUUCAGGAUACAUUGUCUGAGCUGGAGCUUCCUGAAGUGAGCGGUCACAUCAUGGGAGUCCACUAUUUUCUGUCUGGUAUGAAGGUUACCAAGCUGGACUUCCCUGAGCCUGAGGUGCACUUCUGUCCUUUGAGCUCUGGACUGAAGCUGUCUGUGAUCGGCCUCAGUGUGGCUCUGACCGGGGACUGGCGCACACACGUGGGCUUCAUUUAUGAUCAAGGGACUUUCAACUUGGCCGUCUUUGACCUGUCCCUGAACUCCGUCCUGGGGCUGGACAUGGACAGCUCCGGACGUCUCUCUGUGUCCUCCGUGUCCUGUUACACGGACAUACAGUCUGUGGACAUGCAUUUCUACGGAGGAGCCAGUUGGGUGUUUCAGUGGUUGGUGACAUUUUUUCAAGACCACAUCAGGGACAGGAUACAGAACAAAAUCUGCCCGUGUGUGGACAGCGCCAUCGAGGGCUUAGAGCGAUAUCUGCAGGCGCUCAACGUGUCUGUGGAUGUGAAUUCUGUGAUGGACCUGGACCUGCCCCUGACGGAUCCUCCCACUGUGGACUCGGACAGCGUCAACUUUGGACUCAAGGGGGAGUUCUACUGCCGCGAGUGUCAUAAGGACCCUCCGUUCGUGGCCCCGUCCUUUUUUCUGCCCGUACACAGUGAUUACAUGUUAUCAGUGGGCGUGUCUGAGUACAGCGUUAACUCCGCCUCCUUCGCCUACUACAUCUCCGGACACCUGCAGGCGCUCGUCAAUGACAGCAUGAUUCCUCCCUACUGCCCGAUCCGUCUCAACACCACCUCCAUGGGGAGAUUUAUUCCGCAAUUGGUGCAGUUGUUUCCAGACCUCCUGAUGGUUCUGCAGGUUUACGCUCGUCAGACCCCGAUGUUCUCAUUCGAGUCUGGGUUUGUUAAACUGGACCUGAACAGUGCCGUCAAAGCCUUCGUGGUUCAGGCCAACAAAACCCUGACCCCCAUCUUCAAACUGCACGUGGACUCGGCGCUCAGGGGCAAAAUGUGGGUGGACAGUGAGAAAGUCAAGAGCAGUGUGAAAAUGGACAAUUUCACCCUGUCUCUGGCCAGCACUGAAAUUGGACCCUUUCAGACAGACAAGUUGGAAAGUAUAGCCAAGGUUGGAGCAGGCAAAGCAGUGGAUAUGCUCAACAAAUACCUGGCCAAGGGUUUUGAUUUGCCCCAAACCAGAUGUGCCCAGCUGCUGAACUCUGUGCUGAGUGUGGAGGAGGGCUUCAUCGUCUUCUAUUCAGACGCCAAAUUCCAGUCGCCAUUUUAACUGCACUUUUUUGUUUUUGUUUUCUUUGUCACUUUCACAAAAUGAGGGAAUGAGUUAUUGUUGCUGUUGAUGUCGAAUGUAUUUUCUUAUUUUUGUCUGUACUUCCAGAGAAAGUGAUGUGUCCAGAUUUUCAAAAUAAAACUUGUUGUUAAUAAUAAAA